GGACAAUAAAGUUUCCGAAGUUUGAAAAGGGAGGGAAAACAACCCCCCACCCCCGUUUGGCGGGUGUGGACGCUGCGGCCCGGGCACAGCCCGGCGCCCGGCGCGACGAUGGGGGUCACGGUGGACGUGCACCAGGUGUACAAGUACCCCUUCGAGCAGGUGGUCGCCAGCUUCCUCCGCAAGGAAGGCACUUGGCAGAAGGGACAAUCAUUUGAGGAUCUCUGGGAAGCAUUUAAUCUGAUUUUGCACAAUGGUAUGUUUGAAGCUGCUUCGCACUGAGGAUGUUCUAUUUUAAAUAGCGUCUACUGAUCUCCGCCUUUUGAAGAUUAGGUUCGACAUGAAGCAGAAUGGUGCAAGCGGGAAGAGCACGGGCUCUGACAUCAGACGGGGGGCCGGAGCGCUUCUAGCUGUUAUCCCAACCCCAUGGAUAAAAAUGUCAUCUCUGUAAAAAUUGUGGAGGAGAAAAGAGAUGUGUCAACAGGGAUCAUCUAUAGAAAGAGGAUUGCAGUCUGUCAGAAUGUGGUUCCAGAAAUUUUAAGGAAGGUGAGCAUUUUAAAGGUACCUAGUAUCCAGUUGGAAGAAGAAUCAUGGCUCAAUCCUCAGGAAAGAAACAUGGCUAUACGGAGUCACUGCCUUACAUGGACACAAUAUGCAUCCAUGAAGGAAGAGUCUGUCUUCCGGGAAAGUAUGGAAAAUCCAAAUUGGACAGAGUUCAUUCAGAGAGGGAGGAUUUCAAUCACAGGGGCUGGCUUUCUCAACUGCAUUUUGGAAACUUUUGCCAGCACAUUCUUAAGACAAGGAGCCCAGAAGGGAAUUAGAAUAAUGGAGAUGCUGCUGAAGGAACAGUGUGGUGCCCCCUUAGCCGAAUAAAGAAUCAUCAGGGAAUUAUGUUGUGCUACUUCUGUUCAAGAAUCACUUCAUGGCCAUAACACAUCGCUGAUGCAGUUUUCCAAAUGCAAGAUUAAGAAUACAGUGUUGGCAGCUUAAAGAAGAGGAGACCUUUCUGCCAGGACAUGACACAAUAUACUCUCCUAGGAGCCUGCCUCAGAGAGUGGCACUCUGGGACAUGAGACCUUCUAGAUAGAUUUUUAUGGUACAGUGUCUUUAUGAUUUGCAAAUAAAGGAAAAAAACCCUAGAAGGCGACGUCUCCCCUUCUUCAGGAUGUCCUGCUGCCUGCCUGGUGAUGGUGUCAGGGAAGCCAAGGACAGGCUAGAGGCCUGGCGAGUGGCACUUGUGCCCGUAUGUUAUCAGCAUCUUUGCUCAUGGGAUUCAUGAGAAGAUCGUGGGACAGAUGGAGUUGAGCCUGAUACCUGAUGCAUAGGUGGCCUAAAACAGAAUGUACCAGGCCUGUGUUGAAGACAAGCCAUAUUUAGAGUAAUGUCUGAUUCUCAGCAAUUGGGUGCAUUUGCUGUCUACCCAUAAGCACUACCUAAGGGCUAUCAGUAUAUUUGAUGACCUGACCUUUCAGCUGUGUGAUUUGGUCUUCUGAAGAGUACGCGUGGGGAGUGGGGAAACAGGGUGUAGCUUUGGCAUAGUGAGAUGUGGAGCAGAUCAUUAGCCUCUCUGUGUUUCAUUGGCAAGUGGGGAGAACUGGGCACAGAGGUCUCUGUCUCAUCAUGAUUAAACAAAGGGGUUUAGUGCAAAGAACACAGGUUUGGGGUAGCCUCAGUGGCCCAGCGGUUUAGCGCCGCCUUCAGCCUGGGGUGUGAUCCUGGAGACCCGGGAUCGAGUCCCACGUUGGGCUCCCUGCAUGGAGCCUGCUUCUCCCUCUUCCUGUGUCUCUGCCUCUCUCGCGGUCAUAAAUAAAUAAAUAAAAUCUUAAAAAAAAAAAAAAGCACAGGUUUGGGAAUUUGAUAGACCUGUGUUUGAGUGCAGUGGUCUCUACCCACUAGCUCACUGACCCAUCAUGUAUGUAAUUUUCAGUCUUUUUGAAGCUCCUUCUUGUAACUGUGCAGUGGGCUUAGAGAAUUAACUUUGUGAGGUUGUUGGACCGAUUGGAGAUCACCGUGUAUCAAGUGCCUAGUAUGCCACCUGUUGCAGAGUGGAAGUCUCAUAAACAGAAGGCAUUAUUAUGCGAAACCAUUUUGAAAAUGUGCUUUUCAGAUGUAAUGUAAAGUAGUAUUCUUGUUUGAAAAUUAGGUGACAGUAGUUUGCAUUUCCCAUGAUUGGAAGCCAAAAUAUAAAUGCACACUACCUAACAGAAAGCUUGAAGAGAGGCAAUAAUUUGGGGUUUAUCUGCUUAAGAUAAAAAUUGGGCCAUUACUGCAAAGUCUUGGGGAAAUUGUUCUUUUUUUUUAAUAUUUGAAAAUUUUUCCACUUAGCGCAGUGAUGAAUUUCAAAGCAAUUUUAUUUUUUCAUACAAUCCUGCCAGUGUGUGCUGCUUCUUACUGUGUUUGAGCUGCUUGUGCUGCUUGAGUUUUGUCCUUUAGGAUGACUUCAUUUUCUUAGUGUUUCAUCCUUGAGGUGUAUUGGAGGGAAAAGGAAUGGUAGAAACCAGAACACGCUUUGAUUUCCUUUUCCAGUUUGUAAACGGUAUUUGGUAGGCUUUUGGAAUGGUAGCCCAUUUCACAAAAUAACAGGUGAUGUAAAUUAUCUCAGAGGUGAGAGGUUAGAAAUCCGUAUUUGGAGGCUGACAUUGGAAUAAACUUAAUGCUUCAUACUCAACAACAUGCAUCCUCUCCAGGUGGGAGUUCUCAGCCCUGGGUGUUCUUUAGAACCUCCAGGGAGCUCUACACACUGCCUGUUGCUGACCUGGUCACAUCCCAGAGCAGUACAGUGGAAUCUCUGGGGUGGAACCCGGUGUCCAGAUUUUUUAAAGCUCCCUAGGUGGUUCCAAUAGGCAGCUAGGGAUGAGGGCAUUAUAGUGAAUUCUAGAUGAUUUUCAGACAUUAUCUGAUUUCUUUCUUAACACUUCUGAAGCAGGAAAGGAGCUUUGUAGCAAUAACUUUUGUGAGAACUAGAAAGAGUGAAGCACAGAGAAGAUGAAUUUUUGCCUUAAGUGCCUGAAGCCGGGGUGGCCAGUGCUAAUGGCUUUGGGCAUCUGGCAGGUGGCCGCUUGCUGGGGAGACUGUGGGGGCACACACCUGUGUCGCUGCUGCCUGCCCCCCCCAUCCCCUAUCCCCCGCCAUGCCAUGUGGCUGGCACUCUUUAGUUAUUUGAAUUUCCAGUUUGAUAAGAAAAGACAGCUUUUUUAAAUAAAAGAAUUCUCCCAAUUUUUACAAGUUGACAAUAAUUCAGAAUUUUAUAAAACAUUGUGCUGGCCAAACCAAACAUGUUUGCCAGUAGCUUCCAGCCUCUACCUCAAGAGUUGGUAAGGCUCAGCCUAAAUAUCCCAGCCCAUUUUUAAUAGAUUUGCUUAUCCCCGUUCUGGACGUAAACUGCAUUCUGCCUCUUAUGCAAGACUGUUCUGAGAUGUAUUUUCUUCCCAUUCCCAAGAAAUCCUCUGGUCACUCAGUAUUUUUCCUUUUACCACUCUGCAGGCACCCAUUGCGUUGAGCUUCACAUAUAUGGCUUAGGAAUCUUAUGCUCUUUUUGAAGUUAAUUAGAGCUUGUUAGAGUUUAUUUUUAUUAUAGGUCAGAAUCCUUUUCCUGUGAUAAGACUAAUUAGAAAUAUCAAAACCUGGAGUUUCGCCUUACUGAGCAUAUUAGGAACAAAGGUGGGAAGGGGUUAAUUCACAGGCCCUGCCAGUUGCCUCCUGACUGGGUGGUUCCUUUUUAUUUAUUUUUUUUAAAGUAGCCUCCACACCAGUGUGGAACCCAGUGUGAGGCUUGAACUCACAACCCUGAGAUCAAGACCUGAGCGGAGGUCAGGAAUCAGAUGCCUAACUAACAGCCACCCAGCACCCCGGAGCCCACACUUCAAGGUGAUGAUUUUGUAGAGUGAUUUCCAUACUUCUACUUGUAUGAGGAAUCGCUGGAGGAAGUGUGCUCAACUGUAGGCUCCCAGGUCCUCCCCCAGAGGAGAUGAUUCAUGAAACUUCAUUUGGGACUCGGGGGUCUGAUUUUAAAGCAAAUUUAUCAGGAGAGUCAGUCGUGCUCUUCCACAGACCAUAUUUUGAGAAACACUGAUUUCGGGGGCAGCGUUUUUGCCUGCUGUGUCUCCUAUUGUGUUAAAAGGUUUUGCAGUCAUUUGAGCCCACUGAUGAACACAAUUGACCACUCAGGACACACUAUAAAGUUCUUAAUACAGAGAUAAGCUGACUGAGGCUAUCCCUGUGUGAUUGAGGUGCUUUUACGAGGGGCUUUUGUGGUUUCAAUCGUAGGUGGGUUAAAAAAGGUGCUGUAUUCUUUGUAUAUAAAUUGCUUUUUGUAUUUUAUAAGCAGUAUAUGUGUGGUAAUAUCCCAUUUGUCAGACAUUGUAGGGGAUAUGGUGCAGACAAGUCAGGAUUGUUCUUUUAAGUUACACAACUUUUUUGCUUUAAUGUAACUCUUCGUACACAUUUUCCUGCUUUUGCAGAACCUACUAAGAGUAAUGGGAAAAUUUUAAGGUCAUCCUUUAUGUUUUUCAUUCUUACAGGAGGUCUUUGGGUUUGUUAAAGUCCCUCUACCGAAUGGCUCUGCUGAGUUGUGCAGUGGUUUUUGUGGUGUUUCUUUUAUCUCACCGGUACCUGUUGUUGUUUCUCUCAUUCUCACCUGCCUCAAGGAAACUUCCUCUCACUCUGUCUGGGGCUGAGAAAUCAUGGCCCUGCCCUAUAUGUCUCAAGUAACAAUAAGCCGGAUCUGAGUGAGGCUUUGAGGGACUUUUCUGAGAACAGUAAAAUGAACGAAGGUUGCUGCGUUGACUUGGUGAUGUUAUUUUACUAUUUUCCUAUCACUUCCUGAUUUCUCAGCUACACUUGUUGAAUCUUUGACCUCAAGGUAAGUGAGAUAUUGCUACAAAUGAUGUCUUUUGAAUUAGAAGCCGUUGUCUCCCCCAAUUGUGCUCAUGUUUUUAUAUGUAUAGUUGUAUAAUAUGAAACGUAAGUAAAUUAAAUUCAAACGAACAUUUCUCAGGCCACAUUUUUGUGCACGGUAAAGUAUUUUUGAUUGCAGUGUUAUUGUGAUUUGGAUCUAUAGAUUAGUUGUAUAGCUGUAAAAUUCAAGCCUGUAGACAUUCUGAAAUAAAGGUGUUAUGACUAAUA